CGAAAUUUGGUUACCAUUUUGUCGUUGAAUGCUCUCGUUUGUUUGUCCAAUCGGACAGAAUGGAUAAAGCGUCACAGGCAGCAAAACGCAGGCAAGAUAAACACCACAAGAAGGUUCCACCACCGAAGCCGGCUAAGGCCAAACAGACGGAGAAACCGAAGGCACCGGAUGUACAGCACACGGCACCACUCGUUGUCGUGGAAGCUCGCUAUUCGAAGCGCCAGAUUGAACAGAAUUGGACCGAACAGCGAGAGUUGCCAAAAGGCCGCAACGACGAUUCCGACGACGAACAGCUCGGGGCGGCUGAUUUUGAGAAAUUGCUAGAGCUGCCCGCCUCAUCCGGUGGACACUUUCUGCUCAGCUCCGAAAAGCAUUGGCUCGAGCCAGACUCUGGCCUACCGGGGACCGACGAGAAGGAUCGCUUCGGUCAGUACUUUCACAUCGACACAAAGCAGCUGAGAACCAGCCUCGGUGCCAUUCCGUUCUACCAGCGGUACGGAUACGACGAAGCACUCUUUGGUGCCCGGGAGUUGAAUUUAAUGCGACAGAAGGCGGAAACGAUAGCGCAAAAGUUGAAUCAGGCCAACACAAAUAUGAACAACUUCACGGAUUCUCAAAAGGUCAAAGAAACUACGUCCUUACCGGAGCGGCCUCGACCAACACCAUGUUUGGUGGGGAGCAUGGCACUUCCAAAGGAAACAAGCAAACCUUCCGAUCCGUAUAACGUGACACGGGAAACGGAUGCAGUCGUGGAGAAGAAAUUUGACGCACUUACCAUUGAACAGACAAUAACACAAGUAACGGCGGUGGAAACGGUACCUGAAACUUCCAUCGUAAAACCCGAACACAGCCCGAAGUCAGUCCCGCCUUCAACGAAAGAUACGAAAGAAGAUAUCCAGCAAUGGUUAGACGACAUACUUGAAUUGUAGGAUGCCAAAGUUGAUUCUACGCAUAU